ACCGCUCCCUCCCCCCGCGCAGUAAUUCUCCGCCCCAACCCCCCCGCCUCGGCGGGGCCUGGUCCCAGCGCCCGUUUGGUCCCGCGCGCGCCCAGGCCCCCGGGCCGAGGAGCGCUUCUCUCUCCCUCCCUCCCGCGGGCGGCCUCCCCAGCGGCAGCGUGAGCGCAGUAGGCGGCCGGGCCGGGCCGGGCGGCGCCGCGCGGGGACAUGGCGUCCUGCGUGGGGAGCCGGACCCUGAGCAAGGACGAUGUGAACUACCGGCUGCACUUCCGCAUGAUCAACGAGCAGCAGGUGGAGGACAUCACCCUGGAGUUCUUCUACCGGCCCCACACCAUCACCCUGCUGAGCUUCACCAUCCUCAGCCUCAUGGCCUUCGCCUUCACCCGGAAUGAUUCUGUUCCAGAAGAUAAUAUUUGGAAGGGUAUCCUCUCUGUGGUUUUCUUCUUUCUAAUCAUUAGUGUUCUAGCUUUUCCAAAUGGGCCUUUUACUCGCCCACAUCCAGCGAUAUGGCGGAUGGUUUUUGGUCUCAGCGUUCUCUAUUUCCUGUUUCUGGUGUUUGUGCUCUUCCUUAACUUGGAGCAGGUCAAAGCAGUGAUGUAUUGGCUAGAUCCUAAUCUUCGUUAUGCCACCAGAGAAGCAGACAUCAUGGAAUAUGCUGUGAACUGCCAUGUUAUCACCUGGGAGAGAAUCCUCAGCCAUUUUGACAUAUUUGCUUUUGGGCAUUUCUGGGGCUGGGCAAUGAAGGCCUUGUUGGUCCGCAGCUAUGGGCUAUGUUGGACUAUUAGCAUCACCUGGGAGCUCACUGAGCUGUUCUUCAUGCAUCUUCUGCCUAAUUUUGCUGAAUGCUGGUGGGAUCAAGUCAUUUUGGACAUCCUGCUAUGUAACGGGGGUGGCAUCUGGUUGGGCAUGAUAGUUUGUCGUUUCUUGGAGAUGAGGACCUAUCACUGGGCAAGUUUCAAGGACAUUCAUACCACCACAGGGAAAAUCAAAAGAGCUGUAUUACAGUUCACUCCAGCUAGCUGGACCUAUGUUCGCUGGUUUGACCCCAAGUCUUCAUUUCAAAGAGUGGCUGGAAUAUACCUUUUCAUGAUCAUCUGGCAGCUGACUGAGUUGAACACAUUCUUUUUGAAACAUAUCUUUGUAUUCCAAGCAAGUCACCCUUUAAGCUGGGGUAGAAUUCUCUUCAUUGGAAUUAUCACAGCACCCACUGUAAGGCAAUAUUACGCCUACCUCACAGACACACAGUGCAAAAGGGUAGGAACUCAGUGCUGGGUUUUCGGAGUCAUUGGUUUCCUUGAAGCUUUUGUGUGCAUAAAGUUUGGUCAAGAGCUCUUCUCCAAAACACAAAUAUUGUAUGUUGUGUUUUGGCUUCUUUGUGUGGCUGUUACGACUUUCCUGUGUUUAUAUGGAAUGGUUUGGUAUGCGGAUUACUCUGGCCACCGAGAAAAGACCUUGUCGGAAAGCGAGGACAGCCCAUACAGCCCAGAUGCCUCAUGGCUUCAUUCUAAAUUCACUAAAGGUACUGAAGAUAGUCCACCAAAACAUUCAGGCAACAUCGAGAGCCAUUCAUCUAGAAGAAGGAAUCGUCAUUCCAAAACAAAAGUAACCAAUGGAAUUGGCAAGAAAUAAGAUCAGUCUCUAAAGAUGUUCCAGAGUGUGCCUAGACAUGAGAAGGAAAACUGGACCUGGUUCUGAAUUCCCUAUUAGAAGGUUAAUAAGAAAACAGGUGGAAGAUGGGGGGAAAUGUUUGCAGCAACUGAAGGGUCUAAUACCUUUUAAAAUGUAGCCAUCAGUGUAUUGCAGAUCAUUGUCUGUUGCCAUGUGCCAUUCACUGACUUAAAUCUAAUUUCUUCAGCACUUGGCAUUCAGAAACAAGUAGUAGUAUGUUGAAAGGAAAAAUAGUUUGCUCCUGGCAGGUAUGUGAAGGUGUAUGUUCAGGUAUCACGAUUUGCCUUUUUAAUAUCUUUGUUAGUUGAGAACAUUAACCCAAAGGUUAAUGGAUGAUGACCAGAUGUUUUGGGGGGUUUUGUUUGAUUUGGGGGAGGGGAACGCCAUGGGAUUGGUUGGCUGUUUUUGUGUCUUUGUUUUGAUUAGUUUCUUUGUUUUGAAACAUACACAAUCUUUGAUUAAAAGCAGCUCUGCCCUUCAUUCUCAAUCAGAUAACUAAACUUUUCCAUACUAAUGGUUCCUUUUAUUUUAAGUAUUUUUUUUUUAAAUUCCAUAUUUCUAUCCAAUUGCUCAUUUUUAUUUAAUGACACUCUCUCCACUCGGUGGCAAGAUUUUACCAACUGGGGAAUGUGUCCAGGUUUCUUAUAAAGGUUGCAGAGUUAAUUUCAAAUGUUUCCUCGUUUCUGAUUCUGUUCCCUAUCCCAUUUGUUAAAGCCUAAUUCCAAUGCCUAUAUGAAACUUGUUACACAGUAGCGAGGGCAGAUGUAGUAUUGUUCACUUUACUCCCCCACGCCCCAUUUACUGCUGUGGAUUUGCUGCCAUUAGCUGCACGUAGUGUUGUGUACAGUACUAGUGGGUAUUACUCUUUCAGUUGUGUCAUACUUUGUAAAAUACUUGCCUUUUGCUUUGCCUCAAGUUUUAAAUAAGAUUCACGUUAAAGGCAGCUUGAAGGCUUUUGGUACUGCCCAGUCUGGUGACAAGGCAGCUUCUUCACGAAGUACUGUAGCUCACUUUUUGUAAGUUUACAAUCAUUCGUAAAGACUCACUGUGUUGCUGCGAGUAGAAGGGGUCACACAAUAUUGUUGUGUUUAUACAGUGUUUUCCUAUUUCCUAACAUGCUAUCAAAUAGCAAACAGCAAAAAACCACAUAUUUGAAACAUCCAUACUAAUUAUGAUCUCAAAGUGGGUGAUUCCCUCAAACUGCAGCUAGCAUAACGAUUAUUCUUUAAGUAAACCUGCGAGAUCAGUCAGUUCCUGUACUAAGUUAUCAGAUUUUUUUUUGGUGCCAACUGGGUUGUGGGGCCUAUAACCUAGAGAGCUCAGCAAAGCAGACAGGUGAAGACAAAUACAUAACAUCCAUGAGUCACUAGUCCUUGUAAUAAUUAAGAUUUCAUUUCUGAUAAAUGCUACUAUGAUUUGCCACAGGUUAUGUACUGUAAAAUGCUGUAAAGGUUUUAUCAUACAAGCGUAUGACACUGUAAAUAGGAAAAUCAUUCUGUGUGUAUUCCAUGACGACAGAUUAUCAAAAUUUUGAAUGCACUUAUUAUGCUGCUGCCUAACUCAUUGGAAGCCCUUUGAAUUUUCUGCAGUCCAACACAAAUGUACAACUUAAGAACUAACUUGUAUUGAAAGCUGCUGUAUCAUUUUUCUGCAACUAUGUUGAAUUUUACAGGAAAAAAGGUCUGGAAGACUUUUUUGGAUUUUUCUACAAAUAUUCUGUUUUCAUUUAUAUUGCCAGUGCUGUGGUCUGUGGCAUCUCCAUUUGUUUUUAGUAUGCUGCUUAUUGUUGAAUGUAUUUGCAAGUUUCUUUGGCUAUUCAAAUUUGUUACUUUUAUAUUUCACUUGUUUAUAAUUCAGUCACUGCAAGACUGAGGAUGGCAUUGUGAAUUGUUUUUCCUAUUGAUUCAAUACCAAAGCAAGAAGUUGAAGUUUAACAUCAUAUUUACAUUUUGUAUUUCAGAUGUAUAAUUUUUAUUUUAAAGGGCACGGUUUUUCAAAACUGGGGCUUAUGUAUAAAGUUAUCCAUUUCCCACACACAGUGGGUAUAUGCAAAUGUUUUGCAAGAGCAGAAUUGGUACUCACAUUUGGGAAUUGGACCCUAACAAUUUUAAAAAGGAAAUAUGAAGAAAGUUGAAGGUUCAUCUGUUGAAGGUUCUGACUUCUGAAUUCUGUUAUACUAGCACAGGUCAGACCAGUAAAACAUAGGUCAGGACCUUCAACUCAUAAUGCCUAUGGAAAAGGAAUGUCCAGAAAAAACAUCUUUCAUGUGUUUCCCCUGGUGUUUUUUUGUUUUUACUUUUUUGAAAAUUAAAGGGAGAGUGGGGGAGGCAGGGGAAAUUAAGUAGAAUCUUUUAGACAGUUUGAAAAAUGGCACUUUCUUCACUCCACCAGCAAUCCUGGCUGCGAUUGACAAGUGUUCUGACAAUUCAUCCGCUGGCUGACAAGUGCUAUUUCCACUCCAUUUUCCAUGGCAAUGGGCCUUGCAUUGGCACAAAUAGGAUGGUGCUUUUGAUCACUGCUGUAAAUCUGAAGUAAUUAUCAUUUCCCCCCUUAUCGCUGUACUCCACAUACAGUUCAUGUGCAAUGGCCAGUGAGAAUGAUGAAUAACUUGAGCUGUUCCAUUAACUAAUUUCCUUGUAUCAAGAAUUCUGCUGCUUGAAUAGUCAUUGUUACUGUUACAAAUGCACUGUCCCUUUUUUACCCAUUCUUUGUCCUUCCAGGUCUUCUCAUCUUACCUUCCUUUUAUUCUCUUCUCUCUCCUAUUAUUCUGUCCUCCAGUUUUAAAACAAGCUAUUCCCUGCCAUUGAAUGGACUGAAUUUGCCCUCCAGAGACGUUACUUAAUGUCAGUCAUUGAAGGGGGGCUAAUUCAGUCCAGCAUGGCAUAAGCAGAGGAUAGUGGCAACACUUUACAACACUGAGUGGAUUUAAUAGCAAUAGACAGUUUUCAGGAUGGGGAAUGCUGGGAGGGUAUACAAUGAACCACCAAAAGUGAACCUCACUACCAGCUGCCAGUAUUAAAGCUGGAUGGAGAGCUGUGUAAAUCAAACACAGUAUCUAAUAAAAUACAGGGAGGAGCUUGAUUUCUGUUGUUCUUUUGUUACUCGGCUGUGAAGAAAAUAGUUUGCUGUUUCAUCUAUUAAAGCCUUGGUAUUUACUACAUUAUCACAAGAUGACACACCAAUUACCAUGUGUUUAACAUUGUUUUUAAUAGAAUUGCUCUGUACUGAUUGCGAAGUAUCGUAUUUUGCAGUAACUCAGUAAAACAACCCAUGUCAACAA